AUGGAAGAUAUGUUUCAUUUCAGGGUGGAUUUUCACGAAAUGUCUAUUGCAAGGCUCUGUUCUAAUAAGACAGCACGGUGUUAUAGCGUUUAUGACCGGAAAUCCUCGUCAAAUGGAGAAGAAAUCGUCGAACGGCAUUUACUUGUGGAUGGAUUCGCGGACGAAAGCGAUACUGUUGUUCGUCUUGUUCCUCCCAGUGGCGAAACUUUUGAAACAUCCGACACAAGAAUAUGGUCGAUUGAUCAUUCCGUGAUUCGUUCAAAUUAUGUAUGGAAAAAAGUUCUCGAAAUCGGUCUUGGUGGAGGAAGUUUCGAUAUGGCGUUACACAGACUGAAGCGUGAGGUGAAUAUAACGGUUGUAGAAUUGGAUCCUGUAGUGGCGGAGAUUGCACGGGCAUGGUUUGGUGUGACAGAAUCAAAGAAUCAUCAUGUGAUUGUGGAUGAUGGAUUAAAAUUUAUUGAAAAAGAGGCCAAAUCAGGAAACAAAUUCGACGUAUUGGUGUUGGAUGCGUGUGAUGAAGCGAUAAGAUCUCCAUGUCCAGCAAAGGCAUUCCGAAGAAGGGAAGUUAUAGAGAUGAUGAAAGGCGUCUUAACAGAUACAGAAUUGGAUCCUGUAGUGGUGGAAAUUGCACGGGCAUGGUUUGGUGUGACAGAAUCAAAGAAUCAUCAUGUGAUUGUGGAUGAUGGAUUAAAAUUUAUUGAAAAAGAGGCCAAAUCAGGAAACAAAUUCGACGUAUUGGUGUUGGAUGCGUGUGAUGAAGCGAUAAGAUCUCCAUGUCCAGCAAAGGCAUUCCGAAGAAGGGAAGUUAUAGAGAUGAUGAAAGGCGUCUUAACAGAUACAGGCUGUUUGGUUGUCAAUAUACUUACGCACGACAGUAAAGAAGUUUCCUCCGGUUUACCCAUGAUUGUUGAACUAUUCACGUCUGUGUUUCCUGCUUGUAUACAGAUGAAAAUGGCUGAAGAGGUAAGUUGA